AUUCGAUCAUUCCAUUCGUGAAACACGUUUCGUACGUGAAAGACGCGACGAUUGCGCGGUCAGUCUGAUGGUUAGAUGGGAAGGUCGAUUUCGUCGCGGGUUAUUAAUGAAAAGUUGAGUGAAAAUUCGAAGUGAGUGCCCAGCGAGAUGGUGCAUUUGGAAUUUUCGUCCUCGGCCACUGUGCCAGAUGGAGGGGUGCCGGAUAUGACUCGGCUGACCGUUUUGGACGAAGAGGUCAUCAAUAAAAAUUUGAAAGAACGUUACGUCAAAGACAACAUUUACACUUACACCGGAUCAAUUUUAGUGGCGGUCAACCCCUACAAAGCCAUCAACGUAUACACGGAGGCCUAUAUACGAAAAUAUCAGGGCAAGAAAUUUGGUAUAGAAGAACCACACGUGUUCGCGCUUGCAGAAGCGGCCUACGCAUCUCUAAAGACUGACAGACCAGGUUGCGGUAGCCGCAAUCAAAGCUUGGUGAUCAGCGGUGAAAGCGGAGCUGGAAAAACUGAAACGACAAGAUUUAUACUUCAGUAUUUAUGUUCGGUAACGAGCGGAGUUUCGACGUGGGUUGAACAACAAAUUUUAGAAGCAAACACGAUCUUGGAGGCGUUCGGAAAUGCUAAAACGAUUCGAAACGAUAAUUCAAGCCGGUUUGGGAAGUUUAUGCAAGUUUGUUUUGAUUCGAGGUGGAUGAUUGCGGGUUGUAUCAUCCAGGAUUAUCUCCUAGAACAGUCUAGGAUUACGUUUCAAGGACCGGCGGAGCGUAAUUAUCACGUUUUUUAUCAGUUGGUUGAAGGAGCGAAACGUAACAAAGAGUUGGCGGCACAGCUUCAUCUUAAAGAAGUCGAGUUUUAUAAUUAUUUGAAUAAAUCCGUUUCUGUUAAGACUGAGGAGGAAACAAAACCUUUGGAUAGUUUGAGAUUGGCGUUUAAUGUACUUCAAGUUCCGCCGAGUAUGUGCAAUGGAAUUUUUCAAACUUUAUCUGCUAUUCUUUGGUUGGGAAAUUUAACUUUUCAAGAUAUUGAUGGAGAACGUUGCCAAUUAACACCGGAGGACGAAGAAAUACUCGGUAUUAUAUCGAAACUAUUAGGUUUAGAAAUGGAAAAUUUAAAACAGGUUGUGCUUAUGAGACAAAUAAAUGUCAGAGGAAAUAUUACUGAAAUUCCUCUUAGGCUGCAAGAGGCUGGUGAAAAUCGACACGCAAUGGCCAAAGCUCUUUAUUCACGCACAUUUGCUUGGUUGGUCAACCACAUAAAUACCUGUACUAACCCUGGACAGGAUUCUAGUCGAUUCUUAGGAGUUUUAGAUAUUUUCGGUUUUGAAAAUUUUGCUGUUAACUCAUUUGAACAGCUGUGUAUAAAUUAUACAAACGAAAAAUUGCACAAAUUUUUUAAUCAUUACGUUUUUGCUUUGGAACAGUCAAUUUAUAAAGAAGAAGAGAUUCAAUAUAAUCACAUCGCAUUUACUGACAAUACUUUAUGCUUGGAACUAUUGGAGAAACCACCCAGAUGUAUUCUAAGACUUUUAACUGAACAAUGUCAUUUACCAAGAGGUUGCGAUGCUUCUUAUAUUUCAAAUUUGCAUUCGGAAUUUGAAAAUCACGAAAGAUAUGUUAAAGGAGAUGAUAAAAGAAAAUGGGAAACUGAAUUCGGAGUAAAGCAUUACGCUGGUACAGUAAUGUACUCAGCUAUUGGAUUUGUAGAUAAAAACCGUGAUGUUCAACAAGAUGUCUUUUUCGAUAUUAUAUCUCGUAGUUCAAAUGAAUUCGUACAAAACUUAAGCGUUUAUCAAGACUUGCAAGGUAUGGUGAAUAACAGAAACACCAUGAAUGGUACAUCAACUACAGGAACAGUGCAAAGAGGUACCAGCAAAGGAAAACCAACAGUUUCCGACACCUUUCGUUAUCAAUUACAAUCUCUUAUUGACGUUUUGCAAUCAACAACUCCAUGGUAUGUUCGAUGUAUAAAACCGAAUGGAUCAAAAGCCGCAAAUAAAUACGAUGAUAAUUUGGUGUUGGAUCAAUUAAAAUAUUUGGGAAUGUUGGAUAUAAUUCGAAUAAGAAAAGAAGGAUUUCCAAUUCAUAUGGCUUUUGAGGAUUUUGUUACAAGAUAUCAUUGUUUAUCACCAUCAAAACUACCCAAUGAUCCAAAAAUCGCUUGCGAAAGUAUAAUUAAAAAUAAGAACGUGCCAAAAACCGAAUGGCAAAUUGGAAAAUCAAAGGUGUUUAUGAGAUCCCACGUUCACGAACCUUUAGAGGAAACUAGAAAUGUUAUGGUUAUGAGUAGAGCAAUUCUCAUACAAAAAACCUUUAGAAAAUACAAAGCUAGAAAAGAAUAUAUUCAUAUAAGAAACGCCGUUUUGAAAAUUCAACACGCUUAUAAAGGUUGGAAACUUCGUAUUGAGUUUUUAAGAAAACGAAGAGCAGCGAUUGUAAUACAAAGUCAUCUUCGUGGAGUAUUUGCCCGAGAGGUCGCCACCGCUUUACGGGAAAUGCGUAGAGUUGAAGAAGAAAUGAGAAAACGGGAGAAAUUAGAAGAAGAAAGAAAAGCCAGAGAGGCGGAGUUAGCUCUCCAGGAACAAGAACAAGAAAAGAAAUUGCAAUUAGAACAAAGUGAACAAGCUGCGCAAAAAGAAAUAGCAGCUUUAUCUCACAUGGCUGAGCAACUAAAACCUCGCUUAAUUGAACCGCCUGCGGAAGCUGUAGACUUAGAUAAUUUAUUUGCAUUCCUUUCUGAUGUCCAUCCACAGACAAGAAACCAUAUAAUCGAAGAAAUUGGUGAAAAAAUGAAUGAAUUAGUUGAAGACUUAGACGUUGAACUUGAAACGGUCAUACAGCAAGAACUCGAAGGUUUAGCACAAGAACAACUCCAAACUAAUCCAACUCCUCCAAAAUUGGGUUUACCAUCGCUUCCAGAACCUACAGAACCACCUCCACCUCCUCCACAAUUUGACAAUCUACCACCACCUCCACCAGAACUAAUUACACCACCUUCUGAAGCUGAAAAAGAUAAAAGUAAUGAACCAAUAUACGAAGCAGUUUUACCGCGAGAUGAACCUCCAUGUGUUUCACCACCACCUCUUCCAGCUCCACCUCGUUUACUUCCGGAAUCACCAAAACUAAGCCCACCAGUUUCAAGAAGUAGUAGUGCAGUUCCAUCUACUUGGAGAUAUUCGCAGGAACAAGAAAUUAAUGGCGGAGAACGUGAACAACGUCGUAAAUUUAGGGUCGAGAAAAAAUUACAAGAGUUGAAUGAAAAUCAAGAUAAAGAAAAUGUCGAAGACACUUAUCACGAUAUGCUUGAAUUUGCAGAGACUUACUUCAAUGGACAUGAACGAAGUCCUGAAGGAACUAUUAUUGCUACUUUGACUAGAAAACGACAAAGUUCUGAAUUGAUACCGAAACAUGAAAUGAUUGUCUUUUAUAAAGGAAAUAGUAUACCAACUUCUCAUAUACAUAUGUAUGAUCCAGAUAAUGUAAAUAUAGCUGUGACUAUGUUUAGGGAUUUGUCUAAAUAUAUACGAGGAGAAUUGAAUGCAGAAAAAGAGCUAUCUGUGAUUCAAACCAUCAUUGGACACGCUUUGGAAAGAGAAGAACUUCGUGACGAAGUCUUGGUUCAAUGCAUUCGUCAAGCAACAAACAACCCACAGCAAGAUGGAACAGAAAGAAUUUGGCUUUUACUUUGUUUAUGCGUAGUUUCGUUCCAACCAUCAAAGCUACUCCAUAAGUACUUUAUAUCGUUUCUCAAGAAAAACUUAGCUCAAGGUGGAAGAGUCGCUCAAUACGUACAAUGGUGUUUGGAUAAUUGCAAAAACACCAGGGCUUCCGUACGUGAAUUUGCUCCUUCAAGCGUCGAAAUUGCUGCUAUGAAACGACUGGGAACAAUUGUGUGCCGAUUUUUCUUUUUGGAUGGCCGAACAAAGGCUAUUGAUGUUCACCCUACAGAUACAGCAGGAGAUGCUGCACGGAAACUAGCUGAACGGUUGGGUUUACGCACAUUGGAGGGUUGGGCAAUUUAUCAAAGUAGACCAGAUGGGGAGGAGCAUGUUAGGGCACAUCAUUUUCUAUAUGAUAUUAUUGCUGCUUGGGAAGUUAAUCAAAAUAAAUUAGCUCCUGCUGGUGGUUUAACAACUUUAGGGAGGCGAAGCACGACAACAAUAAGCGGUGGAGACAACAGAUUCAUAUUUAAAAGGCGUCUUUUCCGAUCAAAUAGGGAACUUAGUCAAGAUCCUGUUGAAGUUAACCUCCUCUAUGCGCAAGCUGUACACAGCGUUGUCAAAAAUGAUGAUUUCCCUGUUACUGAAAAAGUCGCAUUACAACUCGCUGGAUUACAAGCUCAAGUAGCUCUUGGCGAUCCAAAAGAUAAUAGUAAAUUAGAGUAUUACACCGAUAUUGAUACAUAUUUACCAUAUAGAAUAAGUAGGGCUCGUGGUGAUGAUGUGUGGGUGCCGAUUAUUGCACAUGCUCAUCGUCAAUACGGUGCAGGUCGAUCUGAAUUAACAGCAAAAGCCCUUUACUUAUCUUGCGUGAUGCAAUAUCCUUUAUAUGGGACAACAAUGUUUUCUGUAACAUACCGAGGUUAUUGGUCAUAUGGAAAUUCGUUAAUACUCGGCGUAAACCAUGAAGGAUUGAUGUUGAUUAAACCGGACGAUAAAUUUGUUUUGAAUGAAUAUCGUUAUCAAGAAGUUGAAAGUAUCAUGUUGGACCCUAGUGAUAGUUUUAUUACAAUUACACUCCAAAGACACCCAAAUGACAAUAACCAUAAGUGCUUCGUUUUUGAGACUACACAGAAAAAUGAAAUUGGUUCGCUAAUUGCUAGUUAUUGCCCGUCUUUGGCCGGAUGGAUAAACGAAUGUGAAGUACAGACUAAAAAGAUUAAAGGGAUUACAAACGAGGAUAGAAUCAGAUUGUACCAUAAUUUGGUUAAUUGUCGACGAGGUAUGGUCGAUAGUGAGAUUUUAAGAAAACCAACGGACGCAGCAGGCAGUUUCUUAAGAAAUACUUUAAGAAGAUUAAGCAAACAUAAAUUAGAUAAAUUACGACAAGAACAUGGUGGUGACUCUGGUGAAACUUACAAAGGUUUUCAUUACGCUUUUUGGGCUUUUAGCAGACAGCCUUUACCUCAAAGCAUUAGUCGAUUACCAGAGCCUGAAGAACAAGUUAUGAUACAAGUUUUUCAAAUUAUUCUAAAAUAUGCCGGAUUAGGACAAAACGGUGAAGUAAUACGACGCGCGGAAGACGAACACAUCACUCUUUUACAAACAAUUCUCGAACGUUGCAUGAGGAAGGAGUCGUUACUUUGCGAACUAUAUCUCCAACUUAUAAAACAAACCACUGACCAUCCAGAUCCUAAUUCAAGAGUUAAUUUACGUCACUGGGCUUUACUAUCUUUGGCUUGUUCGGUGGUUUUACCACCACAUAAAGCGAUUAGACGUUAUCUUAUUGGCCACUUAAAACGAUGUAGUUCAGAUUACGUUACAGAGGAAGGAAAGUUUGCCCGAUUCGCUGAAAAAUGUUUGCAAAAAACUCAAGGUACGCGACGGCGACAAUGGCCACCGUCAAGAGAAGAGAUUUUAUGCACCAUUAAUAGACGCCCAGUUUACGCUAGAUUCCAUUUUAUGGACGGACAAUAUCAUUCGGUUGAAUUUCACCCCUCUGCCACUGCCAAAGAUGUGUUGGAAAUCGUUCGAGAUAAAAUUGGCUUAAAAUCCAACGCAAAAGGAUACGCGAUUUACGAAGUCUUGGGAAAUUCCGAAAGAAGUUUAGCCGCUGAAGAAAAAGUUGCUGAUGUUAUGGCGAAAUGGGAGCGUUACAGAGCUGCUUCAGCAGCUAACGCUGUUAAUGCUACUGGAACUGCAAAACGUGCACGACCUCAACAUCAUUUCUUCUUGUUUAAGAAACAUUUAUUUAUGGACAAUUUUAUUAACCUUGAUGAUAACGUUGAAAAGGAGUUGUUGUAUCAUCAGGUGUUGCAUGAUUUGAGAGCCGAUCGAUUUCCUAUUACUGAUAAAGAAGCUAUGAUGUUAACAGCUUUACAAUCUCAAUUAGAAUUAGGCGAUUGUACCGAUACACCUCAAGAUUAUCGCGCAAUCGCUUGCCAUUGCUUACCAGCCAGAAUGGUACCAUGUCUUUCCCAAGAAGGUGUAGCGAUGCAUCAUCAAUCUUUACGCGGAAUGACCUCUCCGGAAGCAAAACAAGCUUUCCUAAAUCUAAUCCAAAGUUGGCCAUUACAUAAAGCCACUAUCUUCGACGUAAUGCAAUCAUUUACAUCAAAUUGGCCGAGAGUUUUAUGGUUGGCAGUCGAUCAAAAAGGACUUCACCUUUUAGAACAUAGAUCUCGUAAUGCUCUUUGCACAUACGAUUAUAAUAGCAUUUUAAGUUAUUCGCCGGCAUUAAAUUGUUUAAUGAUAAUAACGGGUAGCGCGUGUAAACAAAGCAAAGUCAUUUUAACAACUGCUCAAGCGUUCCAAAUAGCGACGUUAAUCAGAGAAUAUAUGGAAGUUUUACAAAGCGAAUCGAACGAAACUAGGAAAACCCAAGCACCCAGAAGUCGUCCUGUAAGCGCUUUACACCCGAAUGCACCGUUGGUUCCACCUCAGCCCAGCUAGAAGAGGGUUACGUUCGCCGAUCAGGUAACAGCUGCUGUUUAUUAAAAACAAAAGGAGUAUUUGGGCGGGAAGAAAAAAUUAGCGAAAUUGUAAAUUUUUUGAGUUAUGUUAAAAUGAAAUGCAAUAGCAAUUAAAAUAAUAAACAGCAGCAGUAAACUGGUUGAGCGAACUACAUGAAUAUGACCAUAUUUUUGAAACAAAUUAAUAAGACAUACACUGAAAAUGAUGUUAAACAUAAUCAAAACUGCCAAAGAUAUAAUUACCUGUAUCUACACCUAACUUGAUAAAAAAAACUUGAUAAUGCUACAUGACCUUUAACCUGAAGAAUAAUAAACAAGUCUUAACAAGAAAAAUCUUCUGCAAGAAGAUUUUUAGAACCUUUGACCGUUUUUUAAAACCAAAGACUCGUUACCAUUUUUAACGUGUUUAUUGUUUCUUUAACGUUCAUGUGAUGUGUAUUUACCUCUAAUUAACGAUAAAAUCUUUUAAAUCUCUUCUUAUUCAAAUCUAAUUUUAUUAUUUUUUAAUUCUCUAAAAUAUGCUCUCUAAAGCCUGAUUUUCAAAAUACUAACAAGUAUUAAUAUUGAAAAAUUUGAUACAUAUACAUGUACAUAAGACUGAUUUACAAAAUGCCAGCAUUGAUUAAGGUGGUUUUAUUAUUCAGUUCUUGUUUCUUUUACGUUUUAUUUGAGAUAAUAAAAUAUAUAGUUAGGUAAUCGUUAACUUACGCUAGGACAAGCGGUAACAAAGGAUGAAAAAAAUUAAUAAUUAAAUAAGAGAGAAAGAGUGAGAAGUAAGGAUUAAUUUGAAGAGUCUUUGUAUGAAACGUUGAAGCAAGAAAAAGAAAUUAUUAUAUUAAUUAAGAAAACUAGUCAGUGUGUACAUAAGCAAAAAAAAUGAUUUGUACAGUUUAUUAGCUUUUCUGUUCUUUUCUCAAUCAUUUUAAAUUAUUUAGGUAGUAAGAUUGUGUCUUAUCUCGUAUAUUAGGAUUAUUAUUGAUUAUAGGCAAUGGAGAAACAAGCGUUUUUUUAAAUGCAGUGUGCGUUGAAGCUCUCUAUCUUGUAAAUGUUUAGAUUUCUGUUUUUUAUUAGCAUAUUUUAUUAAAAAUGAGUUAUCACUUUCAGUUUACUUGAAAAUUAAAUCCAUUAAAAUAAUUAUAGUAAUAAAAAGUAAAAGUUGAAUCUGUUUAUUAGUGGGAAGUUUUUAAAAGAACGCACUCUGUAUAAUUUUAAUUUUAUUUAGUCUUAUGUGUUUUAUAUUUGCGUUAUUCUGCGAUCCUUUCGUGUUUUUAUAUUCGAUUGAGCAUUUUUUUAAUUAUUGAUAGUUAUCCAAAUAUUUAUAUCUAUAUUAAUAAAGAUGCCAGUUACAAAUAA